CCCUCGGCUCCUGCCGUCCGGCUGUGUUUGCUGGGGGUUGUCUGGGUGUGCUGGAGCCUGGUGUUUCUAAAUGAAUGCAGUCCGGAGUUAUUUUACCUCUCCUCUGAUGAAGCUCCAUGCAGCCAUCACCGACUGACCACAAGCAUGGUGACGGAGUCAGCCUUAUGGCCCUGCCCUUUACAGUCACAUCCAACCAGGCGCCCCCAUGCCUAGAAUCAACAAGACAGUGGUGCUGGCUUUGCUCAUCACCACCAGUUCCAUAUUCCUCUUGUUUCAGCUUUACUACUACAGACAGUACAUAACCACGAGUGGACUCCAUGUAUUGGGUGGUAAAGGCUCCCUGGUGGGGAAGGAGGCACAGUGGCACUUGGUGAAGAAGUUUCUCGGCCUGGCCCAUAAGUUCAACCUGCCUGUGUUUCUGGCGGAUAAAGCCUCCCUGAACCUGCUUUCCCAGGAGGCCAUUCUGCUGAGGGACAGCCAACUGAAAGAGCCUCACUGCACCUUCCUGUGUACGCACCGGGACUUCGUCACCUUCGGCCUGCUCGGAAACCUCUGGAAAUAUGAUGCCAGCUUGCUGGAGGCAGCAGAGGACCGUGGCCUGGAGCUGCUGCAGGUUGGGGGAAAGGACCCCCGGCUGGUCAGCAUGGACGACCUGAUUGGCAGCGAGAUCCCUCUGCACCUCCUGUUCCGCUUCAACAGUCGCGUGUUGCACGUGGUCGUACUGUACGAGCGCAGCGGCAACUACCUGUGGCACGGACCCCUGCGUCUCAAGGCCAGCGCGGACCGCACCUUCGCCCCCUUCGGAAAACUGGACUUUGGCCGCUAUGCAGGAGCCUACGACAGGCCAGAGCUUCUGCUGACCACUCUAGAUGGCCUUGAUGUGCGGAUUCCAAAAAACUUCUCACGCUUCCUGGGCGAACUUUCCAACAACCGCUUUCUGGAAUGCAGAUAUCGAGAAGCUGCAGCCUUCUAUCAGUUGUACCCAGAUGAUACAUCUCCAGAGGCUAUGGACUUCAGGAUGAAGGCCAAGAGUCUGCUCCACCUGGCUGCUCGAGUUCUGUCUGAGCUUCAGGUGCCGUUCUGGUUGAGUAGUGGUACAUGUCUUGGCUGGUUCCGGCAGUGUAAUAUCAUCCCGUACAGUAAAGAUGUGGACCUGGGCAUCUGGAUCAAGGACUACAGGCAUGACAUCACACAGGCCUUUCAGAAAGCUGGACUCCCUCUCAAACAUAAGUUUGGAAAGAUAGAGGACAGUCUGGAGCUCUCUUUCCAAGGCCUGGAUGUUAAACUGGACAUUUUCUUCUUCUAUGAGGACGGUGACAUUGUGUGGAAUGGAGGCACGCAGGCAAAGAGCGGCAAGAAAUUCAAGUAUGUUUUCCCGCGGUUCAGCCUGUGCUGGACAGAGCUGCUGGAGCUGAAGGUCAGAGUGCCCUGUGAGACUCUGGACUACGUGAUGGCCAACUAUGGACCAGACUGGAACGUUCCUGUGAAGACCUGGGACUGGAAGAGCUCUCCGCCCAACGUGCAGGAGAACGGGGUGUGGCCCAUUAAGGAGUGGGACGAUGUCAUUCAGGUAUACUGAAGCUUCAGUAUACCUAACAAUGACUGAAUUAGAUUUUUUUUGGUAAAGGCUGCUAUGUUUAAGUUCUAAUGUGUUAAAAUGUGGGUCAGUUCAAAAAGAUUGUAAUACAGUAUUUACCACUAUAACUCUCUCUAGUCAGAAAUUCUUUCUUGGGAAAAGUUUCAAGGAUUAUUUCUACAUUUCUCAACCUGCAAACCUUAUACCUCCAUCUUUCCAGUUUUACUGGAGAGGUAAAACAAUCCUUCAAUUAAAAUUGUUUAAUGGAAGACAAUGUAAAAAGAUUUUAUUCAUUUAUAUAUUCAUUUUAGAUCAUUUCUAUUGGUCCAUUUAUCAUUCAUUUUUAAAAUGGAUUCACAUUAAGGUCUGUGGUAAUUGGCCAUUUUCUUCAGAUGCAGAUGGAGAUCAGGUUAAACAGAACUGAAUCAUUAUGUCUGUAAAAGCAGUCAAAAAGAAAUGUAUAUAGAUGAAUCUCUCAUAGGUGAGAAGAUUGACAGUGGCAUGAUUAACACUACUCUGUAUGGUUUGAAGUGUUCGUUGUUUGUAAAUGCAUUGAGUGUGUGUUAAUAACGAGUGCAGUAUUCUGACUAACUUUACUACUGAGUCAUGUUUGUUUUUAUUCAUUAAGAAAUGUAGCAUUUCUACCACAUGCACUCACACACACUUAAAUACUUUAUGUACAGUAUGGUACAUGUCUGGGUUUAACAAACUGUUUUGUUCAUGUGUUUUAUGUCAUUUGUUAUACAGUUUGAAUUUGUUUUGUUUUUUUUUGUUGAGAAAUGUGCUAUAAAUAAAACUUAUUAAAUAUUA